GUGGAGUGGGGGGUGAAGAGGACUUCGUUUUUUCUGGCUGCCCCCUUCCGGCUUCGGGAAGUGGAGGGACCUUGGCGGCGUCCUGAGCGGGCGCGGAGCUAAUCGAGGGACGCCAGGGCCGGAGGGAAAAGGUGGACAAAUCCUAUUUUCAAGAGAAGAUGACUUUUAACAGUAUUGAAGGAUCUAAAACUUGUGUACCGGCAGACAUCAAUAAAGAUGAAGAAUUUGUAGAAGAGUUUAAUAGAUUAAAAACUUUUGCUAAUUUUCCAAGUAGUAGCCCUGUUUCAGCAUCAACACUGGCACGAGCAGGUUUUCUUUAUACUGGUGAAGGAGAUACUGUGCGGUGCUUUAGUUGUCAUGCGGCAGUAGAUAGAUGGCAAUAUGGAGACUCAGCAAUUGGAAGACACAGGAAAGUAUCCCCAAAUUGCAGAUUUAUCAACGGCUUUUAUUUUGAAAAUAGUGCUGCACAACCUACAAAUCCUGGUGUCCCAAAUGGUCAGUAUGAAGUCCAAAAGUCUGGAAGUUGAAAUUGUUUUGCUUUAAAUGGGGGAUUGGAGACUCCUGCACUCUUGAGAAGUGGACAGUUUGUAGAUAAAUCAGACAGGUGCCUGAGGAACUCCACCAUGGGUAGCCAAGACUAGCUAAAGUCAUUUCAGAACUGGCCAGACUAUGCCCACUUAACCCCCAGAGAGUUAGCUAGUGCUGGACUCUACUACACAGGUAUUGAUGAUCAAGUACAAUGCUUUUGUUGUGGUGGAAAACUGAAAAAUUGGGAACCUUGUGAUCGUGCCUGGUCAGAACACAGGCGACACUUUCCUAACUGCUUCUUUGUUUUGGGCCGGAACAUUAAUGUUCGAAGUGAAUCUGAUGUUGUAAGUUCUGAUAGGAAUUUCCCAAAUCCAACAAAUCCACCAAGAAAUCCAGCCAUGGCAGAGUAUGAAGCACGGAUCAUUACUUUUGGGACGUGGAUAUACUCAGUUAACAAGGAGCAGCUUGCAAGAGCUGGAUUUUAUGCUUUAGGUGAAGGUGAUAAAGUAAAGUGCUUUCAUUGUGGAGGAGGGCUAACGGAUUGGAAGCCCAGUGAAGACCCUUGGGAACAGCAUGCCAAGUGGUAUCCAGGGUGUAAAUAUCUGUUGGAAGAAAAGGGACAAGAAUACAUAAACAAUAUCCAUUUGACACAUUCACUUGAAGAGACUCUGGUUGUUUUUCAUUUUCUUGUUGAUGAUACCAUCUUCCAGAAUUCUAUGGUACAAGAAGCCAUACGAAUGGGAUUCAGUUUCAGGGACAUUAAGAAAAUAAUGGAGGAAAAAAUUCAGACGUCUGGGAGCAACUAUAUAUCACUUGAGGUUCUGAUUGCAGAUCUAGUGAGUGCUCAGAAAGAAAAUACACAAGAUGAAUCAAGUCAAAUGUCAUUGCAGAAAGACAUUAGUACUGAAGAGCAGCUAAGGCGCCUGCAAGAGGAGAAGCUUUGCAAAAUCUGUAUGGAUAGAAAUAUUGCUGUAGUUUUUAUUCCUUGCGGACAUCUGGUCACUUGUAAACAGUGUGCUGAAGCUGUUGACAAAUGUCCCAUGUGCUACACAGUCAUUACUUUCAAGCAAAAGAUUUUUAUGUCUUAAUCUAACUCCGAAGUGGGCAUGUUAUGUUCUUCUUAUUACCCUGAUUGAAUAUGUGAUGUGAAGGAACUUUAGGUAAUCAGCAUUGAAUUCCAUUAGCAUCUGCUUACCAAGUAAGAAAAAAUGUUAACAGCAGUGUUUUAGUUGGCAACCUAAACUUUGAAUAUCUGGAUCUUUCAGGUUAUUAGCUGUAUGAUUUGUCCAGUUUUUUUAAAUUGUUAUUCAAUUGAAACCCUAGACUAAGGAGCAUUAUAUUAAAACUUAUCACAAUGUAUAUUUGUAGUACACUGACUUAGUUUCUAAGUGUAAGUGAAUUAAUCAUCCAAAUUUUUCAUUCUUUUCAGAUAGGCUUAACAAAUGGAGCAUUCUGUAUAAAUGUGGAGAUUAGAGUUAAUCUCCCCAAUCACAUAAUUUGUUUUGUGUGAAAAAGGAAUGAGCUGUUCCACACUGGUGGAAAGAUAGAGAUUAUAUUUAGAUGUUUGUCUUUGUGUUUUAGGAUUCUGUCCAUUUUCUUUUAAAAUUAUAACAUUUAUGUGAAUGUUUUUUUUUAAAAAGUGGUUUUGCCAUUUCUAAAAGGUUGUUUAAUAACAGAAUACCAUCUAACCAACAUGUACUGACAUGGAAAGAUGUCAAAGAUAUAUUAAGUAUAAAAUGCACAUGGCAAAACACUAUGUAUAGUCUGAGCCAAAUCAAGGUGUGCAUAUUUUGUAUCUGUACAGAACAAAAGAUUUGGAAAGAUGUACCAAACUGUUAAAUGUGUUUUUUUCUUGAGGGGUGGGGGGUUGGGUCCGAAAGGGGUUUUUAGGGGCCCUUCACUUUCUAUUUUUUUUUUCAUUUUGUUCUGUUUGAAUUUUUAUAAGUAUGUAUUACUUUUGUAAUCAGAAUUUUUAGAAAGUAUUUUACUGAUUUAAAGGCUUAGGCAUGUUCAAACGCCUGCAAAACUACUUAUCACUCAGCUUUAGUUUUUCUAAUCCAAGAAGGCGGAGCAGUUAACCAUUUUGGUGCCAAUGUGAAAUUUAAAUGUUUUUAUGUUUUACCUGCCUUGUGGAUGAAAAAUAUUUCUGAGUGGUAGUUUUCUGACAGGCAGACCAUGUCUUCUUAUCUUGUUUCAAAAUAAAUAUUUCUGAUUUUGUAAAAUGAAAUAUAAAAUAUGUCUCAGAUCUUCCAAUUAAUUAGUAAGGAUUCAUCCUUAAUCCUUGCUAGUUUAAGCCUGCCUAAGUCACUUUACUAAAAGAUUCUUUGUUAACCCAGUAUUUUAAACAUCUGUCAGCUUUUGUAGGUAAAGGUAGAAGCAUGUUUGUACACUGCUUGUAGUUAUAGUGACAGCUUUCCAUGUUGAGGUUUCCAUAUCAUCUUGUAUCUUAAAGUUUCAUGUGAGUUUUUACUGUUAGGAUGAUUAAGAUGUAUAUAGGACAAAAUGUUAGUCUUUACCUAAUUUUUUUUGUUUUCUUGACUAGUAAUAGUAGUAAAUGUUUCUUCUUAAA